AUGAAGCGCAAGAACGAGAGGAGGCGAGCAGAGUCGAGAAGGAAGAAAUGUUACGAAGCGCAGCACUGCUCAGAGGCGGAGCCAAACUGCGAUAUUUACAUUGAAAUUUCAGAUCAGUUGUAUUUCGCCAUCCUUCAACAUAAGAUCAAAAGCACGACAGAACGACACUGUUUCUGCAUUGAUGAAGAGUUGGCAUAUGAGAACUUCUAUGCAGACUUUGGCCCCCUCAACCUGGCGAUGUUUUAUCGCUUCUCUUGCAAGCUGACAAAGAAGCUCAAGUCAAUUACACUGUCGAGGAAGAAGAUUGUAUUUUACACCUGUGGUGACCAGAAAAAACAAGCCAAUGCUGCCUACCUGAUUGGCUCAUAUGCAGUAAUGUACCUUAACAUGACACCAGAGGAGGCCCACAGUCUGUUGGUGUCAAGGAACCACACAUACAUCCCAUUCAGAGAUGCCUCUUUUGGAACCUGCAUGUACAAUUUGAACAUCCUGGACUGCCUGCGCGCUGUCCAUAAGGCCCUGCAAUAUGGAUGGCUCGACUUCUCCAAUUUUGACGUGGAGCAAUACGAACACUACGAGAGAGCAGAAAAUGGAGAUUUAAACUGGAUUAUUCCAGGAAAGUUCCUCGCAUUUAGCGGUCCUCAUCCAAAAAGCAAAAUAGAGAACGGCUACCCUCUGCAUGCACCCGAGGCCUAUAUCCCUUACUUUAGGAAACACAACAUCACCAGUGUCAUCAGGCUCAACAAAAAGAUGUAUGAUGCAAGGCGCUUUACAGACUCAGGCUUUGAACAUCAUGACCUCUUUUUUGUGGAUGGGAGCACGCCUAAUGACGCCAUUGUCAGAAAGUUCCUCAAUAUCUGUGAGAACGCAGAGGGGGCCAUUGCUGUCCACUGUAAAGCUGGUUUAGGGCGAACCGGCACACUGAUUGGCUGCUACAUGAUGAAGCAUUACAGCAUGACCGCAGCGGAAGUGAUUGCUUGGAUUCGGAUCUGCCGCCCGGGAUCUAUUAUCGGGCCUCAGCAGAACUUUGUUGAAGAGAAACAAAAUAGUCUAUGGGCAGAGGGAGACAUUUUCCGGGAGAAAAUGAUAAAUGAAAGAAAGAAUGGUAAACUAGCUGUGACCAGAAUACUCUCUGGAGUGGACGACAUAACCAUUAAUGGCAGCAAUAAGAACAGGGCACCCAAGAAAGAGAUGGAACUGUAUAGCGACGAUGAGGACCGGAAUGGCUUGACACAGGGUGACAAACUGCGAGCCUUGAAGAGCAAGAGGCAGCCAAGAUCCUCAAGCUCAUUAUCGCAAGAAGAGAAUAAGAUUCACACCAGGUCAGCAUCUCUUAAUAAGACCGUCCUUCAGGCCAGUGUACAAAGCUGCAAGACUGGUUUCAAUUCAUUGGCUCUGUCUGACCACUCAGACAGCAGGAAGAGGACCAGAACCUCAUUGCCAGCAAGUGGAAUGGCAUGCAGCUCCAUUUAUCGCACCCCACGGGUUGGCUCCCUAGGCAACUUGCAUGUAGUGGCCGGCGAGCAGGAACCGGUGUGUUGUGUGCCGUGUGACGGCCAUAGAGACGCAGCCAACACAUGCACUGCUGUCAACUUAAACAUGGCGCACUUGCAGCUACAUGAAGAGUAA